GUGCAGAGCCUGUACUCAGACCUGAAGCAGAAGUACCAGGAUGAGGAGGAGGCUGAGCGCGUCAUCAGACAGCUUGAGGAGGACCGGGAGCUGGACCAGGACCCGGGGUACCAGGGGGAGGGGGGCGAGCAGCCCCGGGUGGGGGAGGGCGAGAUCCAGCCUUGCGUCAGGUACAGCUACGGCUCGACAUACUUCAGCUCGAGAGGCAUGAAUCCCACCAGAGACCUACAGGAAAGUCGGAGAAGCCGGCGAGACAAGUUAAGAACGAUCGAAGCGGCGACGCACGCGGAGGAGAUGGGGAAGAUGAUGUACCGGCCGGAGUCAGGGAAGCUGAGCGACAGGAGAUCGUCUGACGGCGACAGCGGGCUGGGCAGGGAACGAGAUGUCAGCUCUCGUGCCUCGAGUUCCGCGCGGUCGCUAAGAGACGGGUCGGAGUCUCGCACGACGUCUGAGGGCCGGCUGUCCAGCCCGAACGGUUCGGACCCGGUGGUCAGCGGGAACGGCUCGCCGGCUAGGAUCAGCCCAGAGGCCGUGUCGUUACUAAAGCUGGGGAACAUUCAGGAACAGGAGGAGGACGAGCAUGAGGAAAAACUGGCACUGAAUAUGGGUGCUUAGGACAGCGAACAGGUUUCUCAUCAAAUAAAAAAACUGGCACUGAAUAUGGGUGCUUAGGACAGCGAACAU